CUUCCUGCUUUCCGAAGCUCCGCUAGCGCUGCUGCUGCUGCUUGCAGCUCGGUUUUCAUUCCUCAGCAGAGCGGGGAGGCGAAGCGAGGCGGCUGGGCGGAUAUCUUUCGACUGUCUCCUAUACAUUUUAAAACUAGUGCCUGAGCUCCAGCGUCCUUAGGUGCUGCUUUUGCCCGCGAUGCUGCCGCAUUUAGCUUUCCUGCUGCUGGGAGCCUCUUGGACAGCGGGAGCUUUGGAGGUGCCUACUGAUGGAAAUGCUGGCCUGUUGGCAGAACCUCAAGUAGCCAUGUUUUGUGGCAAAUCGAAUAUGCAUAUGAAUGUUCAAAAUGGAAAAUGGGAAUCUGAUCCUUCUGGAACUAAGAGCUGCAUUGCGACAAAAGAAGGGAUUUUACAGUAUUGCCAGCAAGUUUAUCCUGACAUGCAAAUCACAAAUGUUGUUGAAGCUAAUCAACCAGUAACAAUCCAGAACUGGUGCAAGCAGGGAAGGAAGCAGUGUAGGAGUCAUCCAUAUAUUGUUGUUCCAUAUAGGUGCUUGGUUGGAGAAUUUGUGAGUGAUGCCCUUUUAGUGCCAGAUAAGUGCAAGUUCCUUCACCAGGAAAGGAUGGAUAUUUGUGAAACUCACCUGCAUUGGCACACAGUUGCUAAGGAGUCCUGCAGUGAAAAGGGAAUGAAUCUGCACGACUAUGGCAUGCUCUUGCCCUGUGGAAUUGACAAAUUCCGUGGUGUGGAGUUUGUUUGCUGCCUAGUAGCAGAUGAGAGUGACAAUAUUGAUUCAGCUGAGGCCGAGGAAGAUGAUUCUGACGUUUGGUGGGGAGGUGCAGAUGCAGACUAUGCAGAUGGCAGUUAUGACAAAGUAACAGAAGAGCAGCUUACAGAAGGGGAUACUACAGAUGUAGAAGAUGAAAAUACUGAUGAUGAUGAUGACGAAGAUGGUGAUGAAGCUGAAGAAGUUACAGAAGAUCAAUACCAGGAAGCCACUGAAAGAACAACCAGCAUUGCUACUACCACUACCACUACUGAGUCUGUGGAAGAGGUUGUUCGAGAAGUGUGCUCUGAACAAGCUGAGACUGGUCCUUGCCGAGCAAUGAUCUCCCGCUGGUACUUUGAUGUGACUGAAGGAAAAUGUGCCCCAUUCUUUUACGGCGGAUGUGGUGGAAACCGAAACAACUUUGACAAUGGAUACUGCAUGGCAGUCUGUGGCAGUGUCAUACCUACCACAGCUGCCAGCACUCCGGAUGCUGUUGACAAGUACCUAGAAGCACCUGGCGAUGAGAAUGAACAUUCCCAUUUUCAAAAAGCAAAAGAGAGAUUAGAAGCGAAGCAUCGUGAAAGAAUGUCUCAGGUAAACCACAGAUGGGAAGAGGCAGAACAUCAAGCAAAAAAUUUGCCAAAGGCUGAUAAAAAGGCUGUCAUUCAGCAUUUCCAAGAGAAGGUGGAAUCCUUGGAACAAGAAGCUGCAAAUGAGAGACAGCAGCUAGUAGAGACUCACAUGGCCCGAGUUGAAGCCAUGCUCAAUGACCCGCGUGUUGCCUUGGAACACUAUAUUACAGCUUACAGGCAGUGCCCCCUAAGACCUCGACAUGUAUUCAAUAUGCUGAAGAAAUAUGUGCGUGCAGAGCAGAAAGACAGACAACAUACACUGAAACAUUUUGAACAUGUGCGUAUGGUGGACCCUAAGAAAGCAGCACAGAUCAGAUCUCAGGUUAUGACACAUCUACGUGUGACAUAUGAACGUAUGAACCAGUCUCUUUCUGUUCUUUACAAUGUGCCGGCAGUUGCUGAAGAGAUUCAGGAUGAAGUUGAUGAAUUACUUCAGAAAGAGCAAAACUACUCUGAUGAUGUCUUGGCUAAUAUGAUCAGUGAACCCAAGGAUCAGCUAUGGAAAUGAUGACUCCUCAUGCCUUCAUUGACAGAGACUAAAACAGUUGAACGUCUCCCAGUAGCUGGAGAAUUCAGCCUAGAUGAUCUUAAGCUGCAUCCCUUCGCAGUUGAUCCAGUCCCAGGCAAAUACUGAAAUGAAGUUGAGCCAGUUGAUGCCCGUCCAGCUGCAGACAGAGGACUCACCACACGACCAGGUAUAUAAUUGGCCAAUGUUAAGACAGAAGAAACUUCAGAAUUAAAGAUGGAUGCAGAAUACAGACAUGAUUCAGGAUAUGAAGUACAUCAUCAGAAACUGGUAUUCUUUGCUGAAGAUGUAGGUUCAAAUAAAGGUGCCAUCAUUGGACUAAUGGUAGGGGGUGUCGUCAUUGCCACAGUCAUUGUUUUCACUUUAGUGAUGCUAAAGAAGAAACAGUAUACAUCUAUUCAUCAUGGUGUAGUGGAGGUGGAUGCUGCAGUGACACCAGAGGAACGUCACCUUUCUAAGAUGCAACAAAACGGCUACGAAAACCCAACCUAUAAGUUCUUUGAGCAAAUGCAGAACUAGAACACCAUAGCAACCUCAUGAAUUGGACAGCAAAGUGAUUGCUCCACUGCCCAUCGAUGUUCAGCUGAAAGUAAUAUGGAAAUAAGCAAACAAAACAAUGUUUUAUUAUUUACUCAUUAUCGCCUUUUGACAGCUGUGCUGUAACACAAGUAGAUGCCUGAACUUGAAUUAUAAAAUCAGUAAUGUACUCUUUCUUGACAUUUCAGUCUUUACACUACAUUAUUAAUGAAUGUUUUUGUGUACUGUAAAGUUAGCUGUACUUAACUAGUGCAUGAAUAGAUUAUUUCUUGAUUAUUUAUCAUACAGCUCCUUUAGCCAGUUGUAUAUUAUUCUUGUGAUUUGUGAUGAACAAAAAAAUUAAGUCCUAAUUGAAAUAUACUUUAAGAAUUGAUGAGGGAUGCUUUUUGUGUAUGUGGGAUUGAGCUGCUUCUCUUCGCCAAGUUUUCCUUUUUCUGCUUACUAUGCAUUUUAAAGACAAAAUGUUUUGGAAUUUUUUUUAGAAAGUAUUCCAGAUGAAUUAUUUUCCUCUGCAGUUGCAUUUUAUUGUACAGAUUGUUGCUUCUGCUGCACUAGUGAUGUAGAAAAUCAUGGGAAUACACAUUUGUUUCUUUGUGCCUGUUUUAUGUGCACACCUUUAGGCAUUGAAGGAGUAAAGUUUUUUUGCCAUGUAUCUUUUCAUCUAAAAAAGAAAGAAGGAAGGAAAAGAAAAAAUAUCAUCUGUUAAAUCAUGAGCACUUUUAUACCAGGGCAGGGUGAAGGGGAAGGAUGGGAGAAAUGCCUGCUGGUUUAAAAAAAAUAUAGGGAACCUACAAAUGUUUCUGCAGGAUAAUAUACAGAAUUGUUGCUUAUGAAUUGAUAGCUUUCUAUACUGUGUUACAUAAAUAAAUUACAAAUAAGACUAUCGGGCAAGAGUUUUACUUGGAUUGAGAAAUUACCUUUGGGAGGAAUAAUUUUAAUAAUGACCAUCAAGUGGGAGGGUGGGGGGUUAGGUUUUUUUUUCUUCUGCAAAAAGACAUGAUCAUAUACUUUCUUCUUCUUAAAUACAAUAGAUUAAACUAGCAGUGGGUGAGAGGGUGUUUGCCUUGGCAUGCCUUCCCUCCAAAAUGUCUUUUUUCAGUUUGUAUAAUAGUGUUUUAAUGUAAAUAAUACAUUCCUGGAGGAGUCUUAUUGUAUUAGUGUGAUUCUCUGAUAACUGUGCUAUAUUACUUGCUUGAACACUUUGUUCCAUGAAGAAUGCUCCUGGUAAGCACCAAAUUUGGGAAGCUGAUCCUCACAAGAUCUUUAAUGUUGUAUAUCCAAGUGAGCUCAGUGUGAUUUACUUUUAGAUUACUGAAAUCUUAUCAAACUUUUCAAGGCUGAUAAUCUUCUGGUAAUGAGGAUAUUUAAGGAAGCAAUAGAUUAACUUUUCAAGAAACAUGCUUUAAUUUUUGUAAAUAACUGACAAGAGAGGCGGCUGCAUUCUGGUAUGCAGGAAAGGAUGUAAUUUUAGUCAAAAAGCUCCUGGUUCACUGGAUUAACAUAUAUUCUAUGGUAAUAAGGGCACACAGAUUUUGCAGUCUUAUGAUAUGCUCAGCCCCUGCCUUUUCACAGCCACCGAUUAUCCUUGCCAUUGAGCUAUCCAGAAAGAAAACCCCAAGAGUAUUUUUUUACCUAGCUUCCAUUGUCAUGUUAUUUUCUUCUGUAUAGUCAGGAAUAUAUAGAAUUAUAGAUUUUGUUUUCCUUAAAUGUAUACUUAUAUAUACAAAUGCAGUUCUCAAACUACACAGCAUCAAAAGCAACGGAAAGAAACUAAUUCAAUUUGCAGCAUUUGAGCCAAAAUGCUUGAUACCAUAAUUUGGGGGAGUGGGGGGCAUUUAUAGGAUGACCUUCUCUGUCUCUCAGUUAUUACAAUUACAAAGAUUGAACUUACAUAUUAAUUUAUAUUUUCUAUAUAUUGAAGUUAAUAUUAAAAGUCUACUAUUUGGAUUAAUACUAAUCACUAAGUAUACAAGGUGUGUAAUAAGAACAUUUUAUCACAUUAACUAAAUGCAUUUUACAAAAAAGCCUAUUAUUUGUCCAACAAGGAAUUGUUUUAAGCAUAUGUUUUUGUAACAAUAUGUAAAAGCCAUUUUUAGUUUGAACAGUUUCAUGUUUUUAAUCUAGUGCAUCUAGGGCAUUUAUUGUUUAUAGAGCAAUAUUGUUGUAAAAGAAAGUUUCCAAUUAAAACAAUCAUAAGAAAAACCUUGCUGCUAGUUUUGAAACUAAUGUAGAUCAAGGACCCAAAUCUAUUUAUUAUUGACAACAAAACUAAAGCAAUCAGUAUCAUAGUUCCAGAAUGUUUAGGGUGCAGACCUUUAAAAACUAUGAAUAAUUCAUACUUGGACAUAAAACCAAAACUGCUGUGUAAAAUUUUAUUUUAUUUUUUUACUUUUACUGUAUUGACAAUUUUAUGCACAAAUAUUUUAGCGUAAAAAUAGAAAAUAAUUGUUUCAUGUAAAAUUACCAAAACAUUCAACACAAAGGAAAUACAUAAUUUUAGAGCACGUCCUUGAAGAGUAAAAAUGUAUGCAAACCCUCUAUUUUACAAAAAUUUGGGAAUAUACGAUCUAUAUUAUUCUUCUGACAGCCACACAAUGCCAUUUCACAUAUAAUAUUCCAUACCCUUGUACUGAAGACCUCAAAUUAGUCACAGAUUGUCCCUCACAAGAAAUACAACAAAAUAUUUCUAACUUAUUUUAUCCUUUCCGUGGUUCUGUUAUAAGCAAGGCUUAACAUACAUCAGCACUAUAAACUGGAACAAAUGUUAACAAGUGCAGCAAACUUCUAAAAGAAAUACAAUGAA